AUGGCGGCAACGGAGAUAUCGCAGCGCGAGGUGGACAAGGCCAAGGCACUCACCAACGCUCCUGUUUCCGUCGAAUAUGACAAGAUGAUAUCCGGCAUGUUAUACAACUCCUUCGUCCCAGAGCUUGAAGAGGCUCGCUUCAAGGCCCGGCUCGCAUGCCACAACUACAACACCACAUUCCCCGCCAAGCCGGAGGAGGGCUUCGCGGGCCUACAGAAAGCGCGCGCAGCAGCGCUCAAGGACCUCCUCGGCUUCAUCGCCGACGACGAGAUCUUCAUUGAGCCCCAGCUCCAGGUCGACUACGGCUGCAACAUCCGUGUCGGCGAGCGCUUCUACGCCAACUUCAACCUCCACAUCCUGGACUGCGCCCUCGUCACCAUUGGAGACCGUGUCAUGUUCGGCCCGAAUGUCACAAUCAGCACGGCGACGCACGAGAUUGAGGUCGAGAGCCGCCGGGCCAACAUUGAGUUUGCGAAGCCCAUCACCAUCGGGGAUGAUUGCUGGAUCGGCGCCAAUGUGACCAUCCUCGCGGGCGUCACGAUCGGCGUGGGAUGCACGAUUGGGGCUGGGGCGAUUGUCACCAAGGAUGUCCCUGCUUGGAGUGUUGCUGUGGGAUGCCCUGCCAGGGUCGUGAAAAAGGUCACUCCAAGCCCUCUACCUACAAAAGAAGCGUGA